CUCGCUUUAGCCAAAUUUCCACAAAAGUUCAACUCAGUUGUGUGACUUUUUCAAUUGGCUCCAGUUUCACGCGGCGGUUUUGAAAACGUGGCCGACGCGAAUUUCAAAUGCUGGCGCGUUCCGUUGUGCGUUUCUAGUGUGCUAAAUAACUUUGUUUCGGCCUAAUAAAAUCGUUGAAACCGAGUGUGUGGAUAAAAUGAAUCUAACGGAGCGAUAUUCAAAGGGAGAACUAAAAUAAUCAGUUAAAUAAAAAUAUGAAUAAAUUAUUUUCAGAAACAAUACAUGCUAUUAGAGGAACACACAAGAACAGUAAAACAUACAAUUAAAGUGAUAAAAUCAAAGAAUAGAGCAAGUUUCCCGAAAUGUCAGUGAAGCGAGCCAAAGUCAAUAAAAUGUACAUACAUUUAUAUCUAUGCACCUAAAUAUGUAUCUGAAUAGUCCGACUUGUGUCGAAUAAACAUUAUAAAUAGCAAUAAAAAAAUUAAUCACAAAAAGUUAUUCCGUAGAAAGGCUGAAGCCAACUGCAAUAAUAAAUCGUGAACGCGCAGUCACAACCAUAAAGGUCUAUAUACAACAACCAAAAUUAAAUAUUAAAUACAACAAUAACACCGGUCAAAACCGUUUAUUGAUUGUAAAAGUUUUUAAUUCGUUACUUGUAUCGUCUCUGUGCUUAUGUAUGUGAUGCUAGUGAAGGAAUAUCCGUUCAUACAAAGCCCAAUAUCUAAUCAAAGUAACCGCAUCUAAGUUAUAUAUGCGCCUGUGUGUGUGACCUUCGUUUGGGCUAGGAAGAGUGUUUCAAAUUGGGCCAUCGAGUGCAACAGCAACAAUGACGAGCAAAGCACUGAUUUUGUAGCUUGAAAGCUGCUGUAGAAAUGACAAAAUUCUCCGAUGCACAAUUUACGUCGAAGCCGAUACGAAAUCACAUAAAAAUUCUCAACAAGUUUAUUACUUUUAAAUCGUGCAGUGGCCAAACCCACAGCUUACAAAUUCAUAUUCAUAACAUACAGAUGUAUGUAAAAAAAACAACAGGCUCGAAUAACUCGCCAAAGUGACACGCAUCGCGCUUGUAAAACACUCUGUGCCUGAACUAAGUAUCCAUAAAUAUUUAUAGGCACCAGAGUCACAACAAAAGGUGUUCUUUAUAAACAUACUAAAGCAGCAUUUAGCUGCAACAUAAACUGAUUUGAGUUUCACUACGGAGAUACCAAAAGAUUAACUGGAAAUGACUAAAAUAUUAAGUUGAGGUGUUUUCGAGUCGCCACAUCUUUACUCGCAGUAUUUAGCGCGACUCAAAUCAGCCAGUCCGGGAAAUAACGGGGUAUUGGUCACAUAAUUCUUCUAAGAACUCAUCUUCAACUUUAGUUAAACUACAAGUCGAUACUAUUCCGCAGUAAUAUCUCAAUUGUUUAUAAAAUUAAUCCACCGAAUUGAGGCAUUUAAAGUCAUUACCGCAAUAUUAUAUAUUAUAGCCUCCAUUUGCCUUUAGCUCUUGCCACCAAACACAACACCAUUACUCCGUCACUCCAACAAGGACAUAUUCUUCCACACACCACCACUCCCACAACCAUAGCCACGCCAACAAACAAAUAUUCCCAGUGGAUCUGCACAAAAUGAUGGAUCGCAUCCCAUCAUUAUCGCUAUCAGGCAUAUCGCUCGCGCAUCCACUCUCGUUAUCCACAACAGGACAGCAACUGCAAAACCAUCUUAAUUCCGCAUCGGCGGUCACAUCGUCAACUAGUACAGGUGGGCACCAUCACCAGCACCAUCAUCAUCAUCACCAUUUGGGUCAAUUAGCCGCGGUUGUUCAUCAACAGCAACAACAACAGUUGCAACAGCAACAGCAGCAACAACAACAGCAUCAUCACCAACAAGCCCAUCUACAAGCACAUCACAACAAUCAUCAUCUAAGCCAUCACCAGCUAUCAUUGAAUUCGGCGUCCUCGACAAGCCACUCACCAACAUCUAGCAACUCAGCGUCUGCAUCGCUGCACCAUCAUCACACCUCACUAUUGGCGUCACACUCGGGCAUUCACACCUCUCCAACUUCGUUGUCACACCACCCACACAGCAGCAGCAGCAAUAACCACUCCGCAUCGUCAGCCGCGUCGCUUUUACUUCAUCAGUCAGCCUCAGCUUCGUCGUCGGCUGGUUCAGCGGGAUCAGGCAGCUCAGUGAGCUCAGGUGGUGGUUCUGUAGGAGUUUCAAGUUCGUCCGCACAUCAGCUGCAACACCACAGCUCAGCAGCGUUGCAUAGUCAGCAUCAAAAUUCGCUGCACCAUACCACCCACCAUCACGCGCACAGUCACUUAAACGCGCACGUAACCGCCGUUUCGUCACCCGCUAACGCAACGAAUUCAGCCAGUACCGCAUCUGUAAUGGCCGCCGCCGCUGCACACCUGCACCACAAUGCGCAGGCGACUUCGCCGAUGACAAAUCUACAUCAAAACAUGGGUGGCCUGAUGAAUAGUGGCAGCAGCGCCAGCGACGUCUUCUUUAGUUUAAUGAUACAAAAUACAACGAAACGUCAAAACGAGGAACACAUCAAAAGACCAAUGAACGCAUUCAUGGUUUGGUCUCGACUCCAGCGACGAAAAAUUGCACAGGAUAAUCCGAAAAUGCAUAACUCCGAAAUAUCGAAACGUUUAGGUGCCGAAUGGAAACUUCUAACCGAAGACGAAAAACGCCCAUUUAUCGAUGAAGCAAAGCGACUACGUGCUAUGCACAUGAAAGAACAUCCCGACUACAAAUAUCGUCCCAGAAGAAAACCGAAAGCAUUGCGCCGAGAUGGUUACCCUUAUCCGAUGCCAUAUCCAUCAGUGCCCGUGGAGGCGUUACGUGCAGGUAUAACGCCAGGGUACUUUGCGCCAGGGCCAGCAGCAGCAUAUCACUUGGGCAGCCAUCUGACACAGACCAAUUCACCAGCAUCACAGACCGGCCAAAUGGAUGUACCGAAAUUCGCGCUAGAUCGCAGCUCGUACCUGAGCUCCGCAGCCACAGCUGGCACGCUGUACGAGACCUCGAAAGCUGCCCAAGCGAGUGCCGCCUACAGCGCCUACUUGGACCCCAGCGUCCUUACAAAGGCAUAUUUCGAUUCCAAAAUGUAUCAAGAUCGUGCUGCCAACUAUGCCUUUGACAUUUCGAAAAUCUACGGUGCCCAACAGCAUGGCACAUCGGCGGCUGCCGCUGCAGUGGCGCAUCAACAGCAACAGCAACACUUGCUCAAUGGUCUAGGUAUAGGCAGCUCACACCAGAAUAACAGCAACAAUAAUAACAACCAUACAACAGCGAAUAACAAUCUGGACGAACGCGACAAUACACCGCAUUUAGACAGCAGCAGUGGCGCCGGUGGUGGAGUUCCAAUUGGUGUGGCGGAUUCUAAGCCACAUCUACACUCGCCAACGGACGCACAACUUGACUAUUCACAAUACGCACAGUAUGGGCAAGUUGGGGGAGCCGCCGUUGGAUUGGGUGGUGGCGUGGUUAGCAACGGCGGUUUGGGUGGCAUUGGCUCGGGUAGCGGACCCGGCGUAACUGGUGCUGGCGGUGAUUUCCGACGUCCGCUCACAGUCAUAUUUUGA